ACUAAUGUACUUAUGAAGAGUGACGUCAUUGGGCGAUUAGCUGAGGACAGAUGCACGAGUGAGCCGCUUUAAAAACAUGAAGCUCAUGAACACACUUGUAAAGCGAAAGAUACAGCAAGAAGUUGGAAGUUAAGUUCCUUGGAUGAAAUAAUAAUCAGGAGUUUCAGCAGAUAUCAGGUACAAUGCAGCCUGCACAUAGAUACAGUAUCCAUUAGACUGGGAUUUAUGGGAUUGGCCAUCUGGAAAUACUCGUCUUCAUUACUGAAAUAUCCCAAGAACAUUGACUCUCGUGUCUUGAGAAAAGCUCAAAAAUACUCAGUGCAAUAGCUGAUUCACACUCCCAGGAAUAAACAAGCUAAAGGCGAAAUGAACUCUGUGAUGAAAAAGUCCCUGGGCGCCCCCAUCCGACACAUGACCAGUUGUGUGACAGGGGUUCAGGACGGCUUCAGUAGAAAGAGCAAGACUGUCCGGAGGAAGAGCGCUCCGUGUUGCUACGGUCAGACCGCACACGACUCGUCUUGGAUAAGGGCCUACCAAACAGAACUGCACAGGGAAAGGAAAUUAAGGCAAGUGAAAUUUGCACAGAAGAACGCAGAGAGGGCCGCGAUGAGGGCGCAUUACAAAAGUCCACACCGCUACUCAAAGACACCGGUUCAGAGGACACAGGUAAAAAGCAAGAUGGCCUCCAAAAAUGAUGACUCUCUUUUUGGUGCCUUUCAAGGGCUCAGUCUCAACAUGGGUGGAGCCCAGUCUUCAAUGCCAACAGCAACAAGUGCAGAUCAAUGUAAAGUCAUGUAAUGGCAGACAAGAAAACCAAUUUAAACCACUGUAUCUCGGAUAAUGUGACAUGUCUGAUUACCCUUAGGGUUUCUGAGCCAAUUUGUUUUUUAUUGUUAAUACUGUAUGACUAUGUAAGUCCUACCUUAGCUUUAUUUAUUUAAUUUACCUACAGGUUUCUAUUAAACAGUAAUAUAUAUUUUACAAGAACAUAUGUAAGUGUAUAAGCUUUUUGACAUCUUUGUAAACUUUUGUUAUUUAUUUGAUAAAUGUUAAACAUGGA